GUUUCCAAGCAGACGAUCUUACGUAUAUAAUAGUUAAAAAUAAACGUGUUUCUGCUGGUUUCAGCGAAUUUAGAUAACUUGUUGAUUUCAUGAAAUGAUCCGCCAAAAUGAAUUGAAUCAAAGAAAGUCAGACUUUCUAUUGGCUAAGCAACGAGAUCUAAAAGGAGAAUGCGAAGGGCUCGAUGGAAAACGAAAGGUUCCUGAAAGGCUUAGAAAAUUUUUAGAUUGGGAUGCCGAAUUGACGAAUCAGCUCACCAGUUUAAUGCAAGUUAAACUACCUAGUCUCACAAAGUCUGAAACCAAAUUCAUGGAGAUUUCUGGUAGUGGAUACAUUUGGCUGCCAGCUUGUGCAAUCCUUUACUUCAUGCAUCCUCUUGUGCCUAAACAACUGCCUGUCAAUCUUCUCAUAGCUUUUCUGCUUGAUAUUAUUGUUAUUGGCCUGCUGAAGGCAUUUGCCAGAAGGAGACGCCCACCUACCAGUAACCCAGACUUCUUUAAGUCAAUUGGACCAGACCAAUAUAGUUUCCCUUCUGGGCAUGCAAGCAGGGCAAUACUAAUAUCUUUCAUAUUCACUGAAAUAAAUCCUCUUUUUGAUCUUGGAUACCUGAAUUUAGGAGUCUCACUUCUGCUUUGGGUUUGGUCCUUCUCUGUAUGUUUCUCCCGAAUCCUUAAUGGUCGUCAUUACCUCUUUGACGUGUUAGUUGGUGUCAUUAUUGGAUUUGUUGAAGGCUUUUUUGUGUCUUAUCUUUGGAUGUCUUCCGAACGAGCUGAGAAUAUUUUGAAUUUUCUUUCUGACGAGGCCCCUGAGAUUUGAUAUGAUUAAAAUAUAUCGAUGAGAAAAA